ACGAAGAAGCAAACAGAAAUAAUGAUACAUAUGAAGGGGAUCUAAGUUUAUUAUCCCAGACUAAUUUAAUUUUAGAAGAUGUUGUAAAUCUUCGGGACCCGGUCUUUCAAGAAAGAGAUACUGUACCAUUUGAAUUUUUUUUUAAUACUUCAGAGACUAGUGUUGAAGAAAAUGUCAAUAUGAACUUUAAUCCUGAGGAUCUUGUUGAUUCUGUUUUAAAUGUUGAUUUGGAUUAA